CGCGGCAAUCUUGUAAGACAUAAAGCCACUCACACGGGGGAUAAGCCGUGGGAGUGUUCACUUUGUGGGAAAAGCUACACUGAAAAAAGGUCUCUGACAGUUCACAUGAGAACACACACAGGAGAAAGACCAUACAUGUGCACUAUAUGUCACAAAAGAUUCACCAGUCAGGUGUGUUGCAGACACACAUGUUAACUCACUCUGAUAAGUUUGCACAUUUAUGUGACAUAUGUGGCCGUUCCUUUAGACAGCGAUCACAGCUGGUAACACAUCGUCGUCGCCAUCAAGGCAUUCGUCCAUUUGCAUGCUCUGAGUGUGAGAGUAAAUUUACUACCAAAGGUGACUUUGAUAGACAUUUAAGGACUCACACUGGUGAACGACCUCACCACUGUGAUGUUUGUGGCUCCUCUUUUGCUCGUGCUCAAACGCUUCAAGAACACAAAAAUCGUCACUUCAAUUUCAAGCCGUAUAUUUGUAAAAUAUGUGGAAAAAGUUUUUAUGAACUUACUGCAUGCUCUCGCCAUAUAAAAAGCACACAUGGAAGAGAUGGCAGUAACGCAUCCCCGUCAGAUAAUAUAAUUCGCUCCAGCAGUGCAAGAGCCUAUCAAGAUGAGAUUAAAGAGAGGAUUCAUUUAGUUCAGAAUACUGCCAGUGAUGGGGUAUUUACUGAAAGGAAUGUUGUGAUACAGGAAAAUGAAGAAAUAACCCUCUCCAAGGAAGACCAAACCAAAUUCAUCACUGUUCAUGAUGAAAAAAUUGAAAUUAUAGAGGCUUCUGAGCAGACAACAAUAAAUGACAGGUAUCCCAGUCAGAAUACAAAAUUGGUCUGUAAAGAUUGUGGUUCUUCUUUCUCCUCAUAUAAGGGUUUGAAUGCUCAUGGAAGAUACUGUAAGCACAAAAAGAAAAAUAAUUAUGAAGGUGUGCCGGUUACACAAUGGCUGGCAGAACAUACAGCCAGCUACAGUAGCAUAAAUCAAGGGGAUGAUCUUGACGAGUCUGAAAGCAGUAAAUCAAAAGGAGAGUGCGCAGCAGAAGAGACAUGUGAACCAGUUGAGUACAUCCAAGAAAUAGAGGACAGUAGUGUCAGCCACGCUGUCUCAAUUGAUGAAGAUGGCAGUAUUACCUCGCUUCCCCUCUCACAGCUUGCGCCAAUACAUAUUCAGUUAGAAAAGAGAAUGGAAAAUGAUGAAAUAAGAAGAUCAGGCUUAGUAAAGGUGUCAGAGGUCAUAAGAGAGUUAAGAUUGAGAUGGUAUGGGCGUGUAUUACGGAUAGAUGAUGAGGAGGGAGUGAAGAGGGCUUGGAAAGAACCUGUUAGGGGAAGAAAAUUGAGAGGGAGACAAAGAAUUAGAUGGCGAGAUAAAGUGAAGGAUCGUAUGGAGAGAAGAGGUUUGGUGGAGGAUGAUGCCUUGAAGGCAGUGGAGAAGGCGCAUCAGGCAACUGACUUGAUGCAGGGAUAA